CGUUGUCAUAGUGAAGUUGACAAGCAUUAAACAAUCUGUGUCUGGGUUCAGUGCACAUGCUGAGUUCCGGGGAUCUGACACUCACAGAAGGAUCAGCAUAUAUAUGAGGGUGAUGUCAAAGGCCGAAGCUUGGGUUGGGACCUGGAGGCCUCACAAGCCAAGAGGGCCCAUUGCUGCACUCUAUGGCAGUCCAGGGCCCAAGUAUGCACUGCCUGGACUCACAGGUAUUGCUAAACAUGACCCUACUAAAUACAAAGCACCAAUGUUCAGCUUUGGGGCACGUCAUACUCACAAGUCCGAGAGCUCCCCUGGACCAAGCUACCUAAUCCCCUCCAACAUCACCAGAGUGGGCCGAGACGGCGCUCCUGCAUUUUCCCUCUACAGCCGUCCAAGGGAGCCACAGUUGUUCCAGGCCCCUGGACCAGGUAAAUACUCACCAGAACAUUCCGGGAAGUCCGUCUUCCAGUCUGCUCCUGCUUAUUCUCUGUCUGGGAGGACCAAAGACCUCAGCAUUAACAAUACACCAGGCCCAGCCUCCUACUCUCUGCCCCCAGUCCUGGGGCACAACACUGUGGCCACAUCUGCAGCUCCCACCUUCUCAUUCUGUGGCCGCAGCAAAAAUGGAAGCUUCCAUGAGGACCUGAAGAAGACUCCUGGCCCUGCUGCCUACAAAGUUGUGGAUCCUUGUACUUACAGCCAAAAAUCUCCCCGGUUUAGCAUGACAGGCCGCAACUUCCCACCUGGUGAAACCACAAAGAAGCCAGGGCCUGGUGCACACUAUCCUGAGCAGGUGACCUUCACAAGAGCAAAAGCUCCCAGCUUCUCGUUUGGACUGCGUCACUCAGAAUACAUCUCACCCCUCAUUGUAGAUGUGCCUGAAUAAUGUCACAUGUGCUCGCUUGUAUUAAUUGGGAAUUCACACAGCAUAAAGCACAAAGAGCACAAUAAAGCACAAAAAGCAAACUGCUCAGGAUUAUUGAGAUCAGAUUUUAUUGCCGCAGUUAUAGGCCAUAUUGUAUUAGCACUUGGCACUUUGCCAGGGUUAUUAUGACCACUAUCAGUAUUUAAAGUAAAUUAUACUGGAAUUAUACUCAUUAGUGGCAUGUCUGCCAUUUGUAUUAAUGCAACAAGAUUAAAAAAAGUAUUUUAGACCAAUUUUAUUUUUCACGGUAUUAGUUGUUGGUUUAGUAUUUUGAUUGGUUAAGUAACAGUACAGUCAGUACUUUCUGCAGUAUCAAUUAUAAUUGGGCAUGCCAUGACAGCAACAGCACAUGUGUUAAUAAUAACAUAAAAGAUGGCUCCAUUCCGUUUAGGUGCCCCAUGUCAGGGAGCCAGUCGGCACGGUACAGCAAGGCUGUAGUACAUUCAAUGGAAUAAAGCAAGGAUUAAUGCUAUUAGAUACA